GUUAGUAGAUGUUCGCCUGUAACCAAUCCAAGGCGAUCAUAAAACCAGCAAUUAAGAAUCCAAGCUGUCAGGAUCCCAACAAUUACAGUCGUAAUUAUCCAGUGUUUCUUUUUGCCAUAUAUAAGAAGUCCAGCCGCACUAAAUUCACAAAACGGAGUUGAGUAAGUUAACGUCACUAUGAAGACCACGGAAAUAAGGAAACCAUACCGGAUGGAGGACUUCUUGCAGCCUCAAUGGUUUCAAAAGAUUGCUCAGAUGGUACACUUUCACUGGCAGAGGAAUCCAGAAGAUGACAGCAUGGUGAACGCCCCCAAUAGGGCUUUUUGGUGGUCGGCAGUCUGCAAUAUCUUGUUCUUUGGCUUCAACUUUUGGGGUAUCCUUGUGCAUUUGUGCUUGGGCAAACCUUCCAAUCAGAAUCCGCCCGUUUUUAGCAUCACCGUCUACUUCUCCAUCCGAGGACUGAUGCUUUUUCUGAAACGAAAGGAUAUUGUUGAGUUUGUUAAUGACUUGGACCGCGAGUGCCCACUAGAUUUAGCCAGCCAGUUGGACAUGCAGAUGGAUAAGGCAUACCAGAGCUUUCGGAAGCGCUUUCGAUUUAUCAGGAUCUACGCCCAUGUUGGUGGUCCACUGUUCUGCCUGAUGCCGGUGGCACUUUUCCUUCUGACUCACGAGGGAAAAGGAUCACCCGUCGCCCAGCACGAACAAAUUCUUGGAGGCUGGAUGCCAUUUGGUGUACGAAAUGAUCCAAAUUUGUAUUUUCUGGUCUGUUUUGUUGACGUGAUGUGCACGACUUGCGGCGUCUCCUUCUUCGUCACCUUCGAUAACCUGUUCAACGUGAUGCAUGCACACCUAAUCAUGCACCUUGUCCAUCUUGCACGGCAGAUUUCGGAGCUUGAUCCCCGCCAGAGUUUGACCAACGAGGUGCAAUUUUUUAAGGAACUCAGGUUAUUAGUUCGGAGGCAGCAGCUUCUUAAUGGCCUUUGCGGCAAAUACAAUGAAAUUUUUAAGGUUGCUUUCCUCGUAAGCAACUUUUUGGGCGCCGGGUCCCUCUGCUUCUACCUCUUCGUGUUGUCGGAGACGUUGGAUAUAUUGACCAUGGUCCGAUACAUACUGCCCACUUGCGUCUUGGUGGGCUUCACGUUUGAGAUCUGUCUACGCGGCACGCAGCUGGAGGAGGCGUCGGAGGGACUGGAGUCGGCGCUAAAGUGCCAGGAAUGGUACAUGGGCAGCCGGCGGUACAGAAAGUUCUAUCUGCUCUGGUUGCAAUAUUGCCAGCGCACUCAGAAACUGGGGGCAUUUGGCCUUAUUGAAGUGAACAUGGUACACUUUACCGAAAUCAUGCAGCUUGCCUAUCGACUCUUGACUUUCCUAAAAUCCCAUUAGAUGCACACUCGAUAAUAUAAAUAUAUAUUCAACUUUUUAAAACAAUGGAUUUUAAAUAUAAAGCUUAAAU